CCGCGCGCCGGGACGAGGCGGGCCAUGGAUCUGGAGCCCGAGCUGCUGCUGCAGGAGGCCCGCGAGAACGUGGAGGCGGCGCAGAGCUACCGGCGCGAGCUGGGCCAGAGGCUGCAGGGGUUGCGGGAGGCGCGGAGGCAGGUGAGAUGGCCAUUCUUGGUGGAAUAGGAGAGCAGAAUGAGAAACUGUGGAACUUCACUAAAAAGGCCUCCCACAUUCAGUUGGACAGCUUACCAGAAGUGCCUUUACUGGUGGAUGUGCCCUGUUUGUCUGCUCAGUUGGAUGACUCAGUUCUUAACAUCGUGAAAGACCACAUUUUUAACCAUGGAACAGUGGCAUCGCGCCCACCAGUGCAGAUUGAAGAGCUCAUAGAGAAACCUGGCGGUAUCAUAGUACGAUGGUGCAAGGUUGAUGACGACUUUACAGCCCAAGAUUACAGACUCCAGUUCCGUAAAUGUACUUCAAAUCACUUUGAGGAUGUAUAUGUCGGUACUGAGACGGAGUUCAUUGUAUUGCACAUAGACCCCAAUGUUGAUUAUCAGUUCAGAGUCUGCGCCCGCGGCGAUGGCCGGCAGGAGUGGAGUCCGUGGAGCGUCCCCCAGACAGGGCAUUCCACGCUGGUGCCUCAUGAAUGGACAGCUGGCUUUGAGGGGUACAGUCUGAGCAGUCGAAGAAAUAUAGCACUCCGGAAUGAUUCCAGUUCAUCGGGUGUUCUCUACUCCAGUGCCCCAACUUAUUUCUGCGGGCAGACACUAACGUUCAGAGUUGAAACUGUAGGACAGCCUGACAAAAGAGACAGUAUAGGAUUGUGUGCAGAAAAACAGAAUGGAUAUGACUCUCUGCAGCGGGAUCAAGCUGUGUGCAUCAGUACAAAUGGAGCUGUUUUUGUAAAUGGAAAAGAAAUGACUAACCAGUUACCUGCAGUUACAUCUGGAUCCACGGUCACAUUUGACAUCGAAGCUGUGACUCUAGGAGCCACCAAUUCUAAUGAAGGCGGAAACUUCAAGCUCCGAGUGACGAUCAGCUCCAGUAAUCGAGAAGUGGUUUUCGAUUGGUUACUUGAUCAGUCGUGCGGCUCUCUCUACUUUGGAUGCUCGUUUUUCUAUCCUGGCUGGAAAGUAUUAGUGUUUUAGGAUUUGGAAUGAUUGGCUUUUGUUUUCAGGGUUUCUGACCUAGCUGUCCUCAGCUCAGUCAAGGUGUAUUUGAUAAAAUUGUUGGAUUCAUCUCUCUCAGUUGGAAAUUGAAAGUGUUUACUGGAUUCAUUUUGGAAUAUUUUAGCAAUAAGAUACUUGAAUUUUAUGGACAGAACUAUAAAGCAGUCAAUUUUAUUUUUAGCACAGUGUUAAUGGAAAUGUCACUUCACAAUAAAAUUCAAACUAGCCUU